AUGGCAGACUAUGCUGACUCCCCUCAGAGUAACCCUGCCGGCACUGCAACAACAACCCCCCUUACGUCGUCAGAGCUGGAAAGGCUGGUGUCAGAAAAGCUGGCGCCUUACCAGGCGUCUUUGCAAAAGGUUGAGCAGCUGGCUGCAGCAAUGGACGUCACCAAUGCAGACAUUCUGGACCUGCCUGCUGCUCCUGCGGACAAGGAGCUUCUGCUUGUCAAGAUGCACCGCGAGCAGUACCAGUCCAUUUGCAACACUCUUGACAGCAUGGAGAAGAUGCGCGAGGCAACAGAGAGGAUGGAGGAGCGUGUUGGGUUGCUUGAAGACAGCCUGGCCAAGACAAAUGUGAGUUGUGGAAGCGAGGCGCAAUGCGUGACGCAAGGCGCGCAUUGACAAGGCAAGUUCUUACUCUCCACCACAGUCCAAACGCAAGGCGGAUGGGGAUGAACCAGAGGGCAAGAGGGCUCGCGCCACAGACUCUUGGAGUGGACCGAAGAUGAAGUUGGCUGGAUGCCCGUGCCCAACCCCUAGGCGCAGCAGCAGCUGA